AUAACAACCACUGAAUCAACAACGGAAGAAAAGACAACACCCUAUGACACCUCUGUGGAACAAACAACGGCGCAGAGCACAACGGUUGAUAUAACAACUGAAGGAUUAACAACGAAAGACAAAACAUCUACUGUCGAUGCAACAACUGAAGAAUCCACAACUAAAAUAGAAACAACUGUAGAUUCUACAACGGAUUCAUUAAAAACUGAGGAAAAGACAACGGUUGAUGCUACUACUAAACAAUCAACAACCGAGGAGAAGACAACUGUUCAUAUAACAACCGCUGAAUCAAAAACGAAAGAGAAGACAACACCCUAUGACACCACUGUGGAACAAACGACGACGCAGAGCACAACGGUUGAUAUAACAACUGAAGGAUUAGCAACGAAAGACAAAACAUCUACUGUCGAUGCAACAACUGAAGAAUCCACAACUAAAAUAGAAACAACUGUUGAUUCUACAACGGAUUCAUUAACAACGGAGGAAAAGACAACGAUUCAUGCUACUACUAAACAAUCAACAACCGAAGAGAAGACAACUGUUCAUAUAACAACCGCUGAAUCAACAACGGAAGAAAAGACAACGCCCUAUGACACCACUGUGCAACAAACAACGACGCAGAGCACAACGGUUGAUAUAACAACUGAAGGAUUAACAACGAAAGACACAACAUCUACAUUCGAUGCAACAACUGAAGAAUCCACAACUAAAAUAGAAACAACUGUAAAUUCUACAACGGAUUCAUUAACAACGGAGGAAAAGACAACGGUUGAUGCUACUACUAAACAAUCAACAACCGAAGAGAAGACAACUGUUCAUAUAACAACCGUUGAAUCAACAACAGAAGAAAAGACAACACCCUAUGACACCACUGUGGAACAAGCAACGACGCAGAGCACAUUAACAACGGAGGAAAAGACAACGAUUGAUGCUACUACUGUAGAUUCUACAACGGAUUCAUUAAAAACUGAGGAAAAGACAACGGUUGAUGCUACUACUAAACAAUCAACAACCGAAGAGAAGACAACUGUUCAUAUAACAACCGCUGAAUCAAAAACGAAAGAGAAGACAACACCCUAUGACACCACUGUGGAACAAACGACGACGCAGAGCACAACGGUUGAUAUAACAACUGAAGGAUUAACAACGAAAGACAAAACAUCUACUGUCGAUGCAACAACUGAAGAAUCCACAACUAAAAUAGAAACAACUGUAGAUUCUACAACGGAUUCAUUAACAACGGAGGAAAAGACAACGAUUGAUGCUACUACUAAACAAUCAACAACCGAAGAGAAGACAACUGUUCAUAUAACAACCGCUGAAUCAACAACGGAAGAAAAGACAACACCCUAUGACACCACUGUGCAACAAACAACGACGCAGAGCACAACGGUUGAUAUAACAACUGAAGGAUUAACAACGAAAGACACAACAUCUACAUUCGAUGCAACAACUGAAGAAUCCACAACUAAAAUAGAAACAACUUUAGAUUCUACAACGGAUUCAUUAACAACGGAGGAAAAGACAACGGUUGAUGCUACUACUAAACAAUCAACAACCGAAGAGAAGACAACUGUUCAUAUAACAACCGUUGAAUCAACAACAGAAGAAAAGACAACACCCUAUGACACCACUGUGGAACAAGCAACGACGCAGAGCACAACGGUUGAUAUAACAACUGAAGGAUUAACAACGAAAGACAAAACAUCUACUAUCGAUGCAACAACUGAAGAAUCCACAACUAAAAUAGAAACAACU